AUGGUGGGGUUGGAGGACCAGGUGGAUCAGGCGCCUAUGGUCAGGGCGGUGCACUGGGUGGAGCAGGACAAGGAGCAGGAACCGAGGGUCAGGCGGGUGGAGCUGGUACUGGCAUUAGACCGGGUGGGGGAGUUGGACCUGGUACAGGGUUUGAACCUGGUGGAGUUGGACCUGGAGGUGCGGGUACCGGCUAUGGACCAGGUGGAGGAGUUGGACCUGGAGCUGCAGGUGCCGGCUAUGGACCAGGUGGAGGAGUUGUAUCAGGUGGAGCUGGUACCGGGUUUGGACCUAGUGGAGUGGGACCUGGAGGUGCGGGUACUGGCUAUGGACCAGGUGGAGCUGGUACCAGGUUGGGACCAGGUGGAGUGGUACCUGGUGGUGCGGGUACCGGCUAUGGAGCAGGUGGAGCUGGUACCAGCUAUGGACCCGGUGGAGGAAUUGGACCAGGUGGAGCUGGUACCGGUUUGGGACCAGGUGGAGGGUCAAGAUCCCAAGGAUAUGAUGCCAAUGCUAAAGCCCGCAAAUACGGAGGCACAGGAGUCCGUCCUGGUGGAACGGGUACUGGCUUUGGACCAGGUGGAGGGGCUGGACCAGGUGGAGCUGGUGCCGGAUUUGGCCCUGGUGGAGUUGGACCUGGAGGAGGAGGUACUGGCUAUGGACCUGGUGGAGUUGGACCCGGAGGUGCAGGUACCGGCUAUGGACCUGGUGGAGUUGGACCCGGAGGUGCAGGUACCGGCUAUGGACCUGGUGGAGUUGGACCCGGAGGUGCAGGUACCGGCUAUGGACCUGGUGGAGUUGGACCCGGAGGUGCAGGUACCGGCUAUGGACCUGGUGGAGUUGGAGCCGGAGGUGCGGGUACCGGCUAUGGACCUGGUGCAGGAGUGGGUCCUGGAGGUGCAGGUACCAGCUACGGACCUGGUGGAGUUGGACCUGGAGGAGUUGGACCUGGUGGAGUUGGGCCUGGAGGAGCGGGUACCGGCUAUGGACCUGGUGGAGGAGCUGGACCUGGAGGAGCGGGUACCGGCUAUGGACCUGGAGGAGGAGUUGGACCAGGUGGAGCUGGUACUGGUCUGGGACCAGGUGGAGCUGGCACCGGUUUGGGACCAGGUGGAGGGACAAGAUCACAAGGAUAUGAUGCCAAUGCUAAAGCCCGUAAAUACGGAGGCACAGGAGUCCGCCCUGGUGGAGCUGGACCUGGAGGUGCGGGCACCGGCUUUGGACCUGGUGGAGUUGGGCCGGGAGGUGCAGGUACCGGCUACGGACCUGGUGGAGUUGGGCCUGGAGGAGCGGGUACCGGCUAUGGACCUGGUGGAGUAG